ACCAAGAUAUGGUUUUGACGACAGUUGCAGACUCUGGAGAUUCUGUGAACUGCACUUUUGGUUCCAGAUAUCUCCGCUCUCCUCCUCCCAAGUUCAAACUGGGAGAGCAAUCUAUUCCAAAGGAUGCAGCAUAUCAGAUCAUACACGAUGAAUUGAUGCUUGAUGGAACUCCCAGACUGAACUUGGCUUCUUUUGUUACUACUUGGAUGGAACCAGAGUGUGACAAUCUCAUCAUGGCUUCUCUCAACAAGAACUAUGUUGACAUGGAUGAGUACCCUGUCACUACUGAGCUACAGAAUCGCUGUGUCAAUAUGAUUGCUCGCCUCUUUCAUGCUCCCAUCGGAGAUCAAGAAGCUGCAGUUGGUGUCGGAACUGUGGGAUCAUCAGAGGCUAUAAUGCUGGCGGGUCUUGCUUUUAAAAGGAAAUGGCAACAAAGAAGAAAGUCUCAAGGCAAACCCUAUGAUAAACCUAAUAUAGUCACUGGUGCUAAUGUUCAGGUGUGCUGGGAGAAGUUUGCAAGGUACUUUGAGGUUGAGCUAAAGGAGGUGAAGCUUUCUGAAGGGUUUUAUGUGAUGGAUCCAGUGAAGGCUGUUGAACUUGUUGAUGAGAAUACUAUUUGUGUUGCAGCAAUUUUGGGAUCCACUCUGACUGGAGAGUUUGAGGAUGUAAAACUCCUUAAUGAACUUCUUUCUAAGAAGAAUGAGGAAACUGGUUGGGAUACCCCAAUUCAUGUUGAUGCAGCUAGUGGAGGCUUUAUUGCUCCAUUCCUUUAUCCUGAUCUCGAGUGGGAUUUUAGAUUGCCUCUAGUGAAAAGUAUCAAUGUCAGUGGUCAUAAGUAUGGGCUUGUGUACCCUGGUGUAGGAUGGGUUGUCUGGAGGAGUAAUCAAGAUUUGCCUGAGGAGCUUGUUUUCCAUAUUAACUAUCUUGGUUCUGAUCAACCCACCUUCACUCUUAAUUUCUCAAAAGGUUCUAGCCAGAUCAUUGCUCAAUAUUAUCAGUUUAUACGGCUUGGAUUUGAGGGGUACAAAAACGUGAUGGAAAACUGCAGAGAGAAUGCAAGAGUGCUGAGAGAGGGAAUAGAGAAGAUGGGAAGGUUUGAUGUUGUUUCCAAGGAUGUUGGAGUGCCCCUGGUAGCCUUCACACUCAAAGACAGCAGUAAGCACACUGUGUUCGAGAUAUCAGAGAACCUGAGGAGGUUUGGAUGGAUUGUGCCAGCUUACACGAUGCCACCAGAUGCUCAGCAUAUCGCAGUGCUGCGAGUGGUGAUUAGAGAGGACUUCAGCCGCAGUUUGGCGGAGAGACUGAUCUCGGACAUUGACAAAGUCUUGAAGGAAGUCGAGGCGCUGCCGAUUCGGGUGUCUUUGGCAGAAGUGAAAGCUAGAGUUGAAGAUAGUGGGAGAGUUAGAAAGCAUGUGAAGAAGAGUGAACGGGAGAUUGAGGAGGAAGUAACUACAUAUUGGAGACGGCUUGUGGAUGGGAAGAGAACUGGCGCUUGCUAGUGAACUUCUGCCUAAUCCAAUUCUACUUGGCUUGUGGUCGGUGUUGCUUUUUUGAUUGUCUUUCAGUUUGCUUCUUCACGAUUGUGCAAUCAGUGUUUGUGACUUUGUGUGCUGUACUCAUGAUGGGAUCAAAUCAUCAAAUCAAUAUAUAAGGAUCCCAAUCUAUAAUUAUGUUCUCUUAUGGAUAUAAACAAUACACAAUACACACCCUUUUUCCACCA